AACAAGCAUUUGUAUUAACAAAACGUGUCUCACUACCAGGCUGAUCUUGAGGGCGCGCAUGUACCGGACUGAAUAGUUGUGAGUAGUCUUUGUGUGUGUUUUUUAAAGACUUCCUCAUGGUGUAUGUAUGCGUGUGCAAGAUCAGUUUCAACACUCUACUGGAGGGGCCACUAACACCUCAGGUGUGUAACAUCUACAGCGGUUGAGAAUUGCCCUGCAACAUGAAACUCAGUGUAGUUCUGCUGCUGUGUGGCUGCUGUGCGCUCUUUAAACAGAACUGUGAAGCUCAAGCGACAUUACCCUCAGUAGAAACAUCUCUAGCGCCUUCAGUCAGUAACUGCACGUGUGAACUUGGCCACGGAAAAUGUGCUGAAAAUGGCGAUUGCAGGUGUGACCCGGGGUGGGGUGGACCGCGCUGUGACGACUGUGUGCGAAUGCCCGGAUGUGUCCAAGGCACCUGUCAUCAGCCCUGGCAGUGCACCUGUAUGGAUGGGUGGACGGGGCGAUUCUGCGACAAAGAUAUUUACGUAUGUUCCAGAGAGGAGCCGUGUCAGAACAGAGCCACCUGUGUUCUGAAUGACUCAGGGGAAUAUCAGUGCUUCUGUCCUGAAGGUUUUCAUGGACGGGAUUGUGAAUUGAAAACAGGGCCUUGCCAAAAGACAAAGUCCCCCUGUAAGAAUGGUGGUCUGUGUGAAGAUCUGGGAGGUUACGCUCCAGAAUUGUCUUGUCGAUGCCUGGUUGGCUUCACGGGGCGCCGCUGUGAGACCAACAUGGAUGACUGCCUAAUGCGCCCCUGUGCCAACGGCGCCACCUGUUUGGAUGGCGUAAACCGCUUUUCCUGCCUGUGCCCUGCAGGUUUCACCGGCCGUUUCUGCACCAUCAACCUGGAUGACUGCGCCAGCCAGCCCUGCCACAACGGAGGACGGUGCAUAGAUCGAGUCUCGGCCUUCCAGUGCGUCUGCCCCCCAGGUUACACCGGGAGGACUUGUGAGGUUCCCCUCUGGGAAACGAAAGAGCUCCCUUCAUUUGGAGUUGCCCCAAGCUGGGGUGGGGCCAGCAGCGUUACGCAGAGCAAAUCCGCUCCCAGAAAUCACUCCCAUGUGACCACCGCCAGCGGAGAUGAGAGACGCUUGUUUAAAAUUUCAGUGAAGGAGGUGGUGACUCAACACGGGGCCGCUGGGCUUUCAGAGUUGCAGCUCAUCAUUCUGCUAGUGUUGGGCGGCAUGACUUUGGCCGUGGUGGCGCUAACAGCUGGUCUGGUGCUACGAGGACAUUGCCAGGACCGAUCUGCUCGCUGCCAGUGCAGACCACCCCCCGCCCACCAUUACCCAUUCCAUCGGUGUCGGACGCAGAGGCAGCGGCCGGUGCCAGCGCAGCAGGAAUGCAAAAUCAGUUUCCUUCAGUCUCCGGCACCACCUGACCUUCAGAAGAAAAGGCUGAACACGAACAUCAUUUAGAGGGGCUGGAUAUGAGCCGAUGAUUGGCCAGAAAGAGAAAUCGCUCUUGUUGAAGUAAAAAAAGACACUUUUGACAUUGAUGUCCAUUAGUGGCCACUCAAAAGACAGUACAAGUAAAUUGGAGAGUUGGUUGCUGGUGAAAGGACACCAUGCAGUGCUCAUUACCAAGAGUGAUUACAUUGGAAAAAACUUCCAACUUCCUUUUUUUAAUCAGAGAUGCCACAAAUGAGGCAUGGACUACUGAGGGAACACUAGACAAGUCAACAUGAUAUCAAAACUAAACCUGUGUUUACUAUUCUUAAAAUCCCCCAACAUGUCCUUUGUGACUGACGUCACAGUCCUCCUAUUUUAAAGUCCCUCCAACCAUUUGAUAUAUCAAAUCAAUUCCUGAGGGAUUAAAAGCAAACCCUGUCCAACGUUUCCUCCUGUAAAGGUCCUGUUUUCAAAAUGAAAUGGGCUGAUGCUUCACGUUGACUUUGAGGUGAACAUGUCCUAUAGGACCCAUUGAUGUGGUCUGUUCUCAAAGAGUAGAAAGAAAAGCACUGAACAACUCAAACACAAGCAUAUAUCUUCCAUAUGUUCGAUCAGGACUCUAUGUAAUGUAUGUAAAUAGUUUAGGCCACAUGAUUAGAGACACUUUUAGAUUAGAAAGAAUUUGAGAUUUUUCAAUCUCAAAACGCAUUUAUCUCAUUGUUUAAAUGGUAAAAUACUGCAACGUGAGUGUGUGUAUAUGCCAAGUUUUAUUUUUGAGAACUGAGUAACGUAUAUGUUUUUAUGAAAAGGUCAUUGGUUCCUAUUAACAUAUUGUGAUUCUUCUUUAAGCAGAUUAGAUAGCAAUAUCAAUCAUUUCAAGGGGACGAUUUGUGAUGAUAGUCAACAGUAUUUUCAAGUGUAAAUAUAAUUUAUUUAUGUAUUUAUUGGUGAAAUGUAUAUUUGUUUGUUUUUUAAAGUGCAUUUUUAUACAAAACUGUGUGUUCAAAUUGUAAACUGUGGAAACUUGUAUCUUCAUGUCUAAUGCAAAAGCUACAUAAGAGAGACUGGCCAAAGUCAAGUUCAUCUACUACAGAAAUGUCCCGGCAUGACUCACUUUGAUAUUAAGCUCAUAAAUGGGUUAAAAUAGCAACAAACACAAAAGCUGCUAAACAAUCCAAAUUUUGAAAUAA